CCUGGACGAACUGGGCCUCAACAACACUUUACACAUAUAUAGUUAUUAGUUAGUAUAUAGACCCGUGCUUCGACUUACUGUACAAGACGCCCUGGGAACCCCAUAGAACGAGAGCUCCAACCGUUCCUCUACCAUAUCUCAACCGGUUCCCCGACAUAUAUUACCCUCGGUUGCUGGCAGAUCAGUAGGGGCAUUCCAGGGGAAACCGCUAGAUCACCUACAUACCACACGGCUAUGGACGGUGGAGAAGACGACGACUUUCUCGCGGUCGACUCCCUGUCGACUGCUCAAGCGGAGCUGCCUUGGGAUCAGUUUGUUGGACAGGUGUUCAUUCCUGGGACCAACUCAACGAGUUUCAGCAGGAGGCUUGCUGUAUUGAAUGGAACCGCAAGGAAGUUGUCCAGCGAAGCAUUACCGGACUCGCAAUUGGCGGCAGUCGUGCAGCAAUUGCUUUUCGCAGUUCCCCGAUACCCGGAAUUGAGGGCAAGGAAAGCGGUGCUACAGGUGCUCAAAAGCCUCUAUGCGCGCGGACGGGAAGGAAAAGGGGCGCUGGAGGUGUCAUUCCUGAAAGGCACGGUGAAGCUGCUGGAACGAGAGUUGAAAGGAAACUUACAUGGAUGGCCUCCGGUUCUGCUUUUCGACUACCUGCAAUGGACCGGUCUCCUGAUCAAGUGCUGCCUGUCACCAACACCGGAACCGGCACCGAAAACGGAAGAGUUCACCGCAUCUCCAUUGUGGAAGACGCUGAUCGCGCUUCACGCGUCGCUUCUGGAUGCUUUGGGGAGCUCUAGCGGUAACCGGCGGGACGUUACUUUCUCGCGGGUGAAAGCCAGCACGCGAAAGAUCAUCGAUGUGGCUGGACCAUCAGGCGUUGAGGCCAUCUUGCAAACGUUACUCACGCCCGCGACGAUCGAAGGAAGUGAGGGGUGCAAGCGGUGCAUCUUUGUCGGGCUCGCGAUGGAGGUGGUGGUGAAGAAGGGCUACACCCCGGUGUUUGACAAGUUCAAGCCGGAUGUUUUGAAUCUGUAUCUGAAGGCUUUGAUGACCUCUCGUUCCCCCGUACCCUCGGCGUAUCUCGAGUCAUUAGCCCCGUUUUUCCAAAAAUCACUUACCCCCGACGUAUUCGACAAGGAAAUAGCGCCUACUAGUGAAAGGCUACUCCUCCGUUCCCCCGAAGUUGUCAUCAAAGUGCUGGAUUACACAAUACGAAGCGUCGAUUUCGACGUGUCGAAGCAGUUCCGAACGAAGUAUGCGGAUGCCGUACUCAACCACAUGCGCUCCACCAAUGAUGUCGUCCGCCUCAGCGCUGCCGAUUUCUUCAAAACUUUCUGCUCAAAGAGCACGGAAGAGAAGGAACUGGUGGCUGUCGUGGAUCUGACCGCGAAAGCUCUCACCACAAAAGGACCUUCUGUGGACCAGAGGCAGAUGUACUACAGUGCCUUAUCCCAACUCCCAGCCCUACCCGCCGUAGCAAAGAAGGUCUUUGAGAGCAGCCCGGCUCUUGUGACGAAAGAGUCCAAUGAUACGUGCCUACAGUUCCUGCUGCAGGCCAUCGCGAUCCACAUCCGAGCGUACUUCGAGUCCCCAGCCGCAGACGCGAAGGUGAUUGCCAGCAUUGUGGCGUUCGUCAAAGGCGGCGUGUCCGACGCGAAGAGCGGAACUCGCCGCGCGUUUUUGUCCUUGUUGCCGAUCGCGUUCCAGGGAGAGGCUCUGAAAGCCUUGGGCGGGGCAUGGAAGGAUCUCGUGGACCCUGUCGUGAAGUUGGUGGAGAAGGUGCAGUCUUCUGGGAUCGCGCUUCUGGAUCUAAAGAAGGACACACCUGCUCUUGUUGAGGGUUACUUGGCUAUCCGCUGGUUGCAGGAAACAUCUCUUGCUGCGAAGGAUACUAUCGGUGCCGAUCUGGAAAAGCGCAAGUUCUUCACCACAGUGUACUCGACAAAAUCCUUCUUCCUGAACGAAAAGUACUACGGGAAGCUGCUGCAAACCGCCGACGAGCAGCUCCACUUCGUCCACUGCUUGUUGAAGGUGAUCGAAAUCCCCGAGUGGUACAAACUCACGACGGGGUCCGGAAACGCGGCGGAGAGGAAACCUCUGGCCUCAGCACUCGUCUGGUUUUUGGUUGAGACCCGUCAGCAUGAGGUUCGCCAGGCGGCUGCUGCGGAAAUCAGGAAGCUCUUACUCCCCCGAGAUGCUACUCUUUCGGAUAAAGUGGUCGGUCUGCUUCAAGUCGGACUCGGGCGCAUCCUGACACAGGGAGUGUAUCGCGGCAAGCCAAGUGGAAGCGGAACCUGGAACGAACCCAUCUCGAGGAGUUCGGACACCAUCGGACACAAAGUGUAUGGAGCGCUCUGCGUUGCCCUUCCAUACUUGGCCGACGGGGAGCAACUGUCAUCAGCGGACACCGCAUGGAAAAAUGCCGUGGAAAGCGGCCUUAUGCGCUUGUCGGUGAUCGCCUGCCACCCAGCCGUGACGGAAGUCAUGGGCGAUGAUGUGUGGAUCCGGCUGUGCUUCCGUUCUGGUACCGGCCCUCAUAUUGUGGACGCCCAUGUUGGGGAGAUCAUCCGGCUGUGGUUGGUCAAGGGUGAAGGUGAAGAUGUCAGUGAAGGAGGCUUCGACGAGAACAUCGAUCCGACUAUCCGCACCGCAACGCUGGCUGCUCUCACCUUAUUCACGGAAGUGGCCACUGAGGCGGUUAUCAAGGAAGCGCUCCCGUGGGCGUUGACGGCUUUGGACAAUGAGGACGUGAAAAAACUGACUGCAAAUGACGUUGGAGUCUGGUCCACGCCUGAAGGCACCCUGUUCUUCGACCCCACCGCGAAGAAAGUCAACGGCCGCGUGGACGACAGGCCCAAAACCGCGGAAGAGAAAUGGGAGCGGGAACUCAAGAAGGAAUUGCAAAAGAAGGGUAAAACUACCACCGGAAAAGCGCCGGAGACAAAGAUCAGUAAAGCCGAACGCGAGUUGCAGCAACAGCAGCUGGCGAAGGAAUCCGAGAUCCGCAAGCAUGUCCAUGCUCUGCGACACACCGUCAUGGUUGGCGUGGAUGUCCUCCGCGCCGUCAUCGAUGGUGUGACUAGGAGUGUAGGCGAGGAGGCGCGCGGGGCGCUCAGCAAGUCGAUGACGCAGAUCGUUAAAGUUCUGUUGCACAGUGUCAUUGCACGCGAGCUUGCCGUGGUGCCGGAUUCGCAGCAGAACCCGGCUGUCCUGGCUGGCCACCAGGCGAUUGAUCUGUACAGCCAGCUUGGAGAGGUUGUGGGCGAUGAUCUGAGGGGGCUUAUUGACCCGCCUGUGCUCGCGAUGGCGACGUUGAGAGCUCUUGGAGUCAAGGAGGGCGAGGGCGGGAUCGAUAAGUGGUAUUGCAAGAAGGAUUUAACCGCCUACAUCACAUCGGUCCUCGAAGAACUGUCGACAAAGUACACCUCGGAGCAGCCGUUGGACCCCGGGGCCUUCUCCUACGUGUUCCCGCUACUCCGCGCGAUCGUCCUCCGUGAAGGCCGCAUCGACCAGCUCAAGGACCGCGAAGCAACCGACCUCGCCAUGUCCGCCUCCGACAUCCUCCUCGCGCAAUCAAGCCUUGCCGAAUCCCCCUAUGUCCCGCGGUCGGGCAUGGUGCAGUGCCUGUUGGAGCUGCUGCACUCGUACCCGCGCGUGAGGGGUGCUGGCAGGGAAGGGCUUCUGACGCUUGCGUUCGCUAUCAGUGCGGGAGCUCCUGACGAUGAUGAGGCUGAUGGAGAUGGGGAGCAGGAAACUGGAGGCGAAGGCGUACCGGAGGUUGUGGAUGAGUUGCUGAAAGGCUUGCUGUCACCAGAGGAGGCUGUCCGUGAAGCGUGUGUCAUGGCGCUCACGCAUCUGACUGUGCCUGAGGAAGUCUCGGACGUCUUUGAUGCGCGGAUCUGGUUGUCUAGGUUUGACAGCGUGGAGGCGAUCAAGGAGCAGGCUGAUGCGCUCUGGAGCGAGUGGAACGGGGAUGCGACAUUGAGCGUGGAAGCUAUUGACAGUAUCAUCCAGCUGACGGUGCAUAGUGUGGAAGCGGUCAGGUCGAGUGCUGGGCGCGCCUUGUGCGGGAUUCUCACGCAUCAUCCGGAAGCGGUGCGGCCGACUUUGGAAAAACUUUACGGGCUGUACACACUCAAGGCCGCACUGCCGGAACCAGAGUACGACGCUUACGGGAUGGUCAUCCCGGAAUCUCUCAACAAGCCCGAUGAAUGGCCCGCGCGUGCCGGCGUCGCAUCAGCUCUGAAAUCGUGUGUGCCCAUCAUCACCACCCUCGAGUCGCUGCAGAGCCUGUUCAACUUCCUGAUCAUCGGAGAAGCCCUCGGGGACCGCAACGAAACCGUGCAACGCGCGGUUCUAGACGCGGGACUGUCCGCUGCCAACGCAAGCGGAAAGACGUACGUCAGAGAGUUGCUGGACGUCAUUGACGGAUACCUCUGCGAGCCGGCCAGGCCGUCGGCGGUGCACGACCGGAUUCGAGAAUCCUGUGUCAUUCUCUUGGGUACGCUUGCCCAGCACUUGGAGUCGACGGACCAUAUGAUACCUGAAGUCAUCGCGAAGCUCAUGGAGACGCUGAAGACGCCCUCGGAGAAUGUACAGGUCGCUGUCUCGGAGUGUCUGCCGGCCCUCGUUAAGGUCAACAAGCAGGACGCGCGCAAGCUCGUUGAAAAGCUGUUACAUCAGCUUUACACCGCGCCCAAGUACGGAGAACGGCGUGGUGCCGCGUAUGGUCUUGCGGGAGUCGUCAAGGGGUGCGGGAUCUCUGCCAUCAAGGAGUUCGGCGUCAUGACGAGCUUGAAAGAAGCCGUGGAAGACAAGAAACGCGUUGAGAAGAGGGAAGGUGCUCUCUUCGCCUUUGAGACGCUUUCGCAGACUCUCGGACGGUUGUUUGAGCCGUAUGUCAUUCAAAUCAUCCCGCUGUUGCUUGUCUGCUUUGGAGAUAACAGCCGCGAGGUCCGGGAAGCGACCAACGACGCUUGUCGGGUUAUCAUGUCGAAGUUGUCGGCUCAUUGUGUCAAGCUUGUGUUGCCGAGCUUGUUGAAUGGGCUGGAAGAUCGAAACUGGAGGACUAAGACGGGGAGUAUCGAGGUCUUGUCGAGCAUGGCGUACUUGGCCCCGAAGCAACUCAGUGUUAGUUUGCCGACGGUUGUGCCUCGGAUUUGUGAUGUGCUUGCGGACUCGCACGCCAAGGUACAAGAGGCUGCUAAACAAGCCUUGAAUCAGUUCGGAAACGUUAUCAAGAACCCGGAGAUUCAGGCGUUGGUUCCGGUGCUACUCAGUGCUUUGGUUGACCCUAACGGAAAGACCAACGCGGCGUUGACCGCUCUCCUCGACACCGCAUUCGUGCACUACAUCGACGCGCCAUCUUUGGCGCUGCUUGUUCCUAUCCUCCAGCGAGGUUUGCGCGAGCGUGGAACGGACAUCAAGAAGAAAGCGGCGCAGAUCAUGGGCAACAUGGCGACACUGACAGAUCCCAAGGAUUUGCUGCCAUAUUUGCAUUCCCUGAUGCCAGAGCUCAAGGAAGUCCUCGUGGACCCCGUCCCCGAAGCUCGAGCAACCGCCGCAAAAGCUUUCGGAAACAUGGUCGCCAAGCUUGGAGAGGACAACUUCCCCGGCCUUGUUGCAGAAUUCUACGGCACACUUAAGAGCGACACUAGCGGUGUUGACCGCAGCGGUGCCGCCCAAGGUCUCAGUGAAAUCCUCGCCGGGCUUGGUAUCGAACGCUUGGAGCUCCUUCUGCCGGACCUGCUCAUCAACGCCGACAGCCCCAAAUCGUACGUUCGUGAAGGCUUCAUGACGCUCAUGGUUUACCUACCUGGGACGUUCGGAGAGAAGUUCCAGCCGUACCUUGGAGAUAUCAUCCCACCCGUUCUCCGCGGUCUGGCGGAUGAGAGUGAACCUGUCCGCGACUGCUCGAUGAAGACCGGUCAGAUGAUCAUCAGGAACUACGCUACCACCGCUGUGGAUCUGCUGCUUCCUGAGCUCGAGCGCGGGUUGUUCGACGAGAGCUGGCGUAUUCGUCAGAGCUCGGUGCAGCUGUUGGGCGAUCUCCUUUACCGGAUUGCCGGCGUGUCUGGGAAGGUCGAGGUGGACGGUGCGGAAGAGGAGGGACUGGGAACUGAGCAUGGUCGCCAAGCGCUCCUCAGCACUCUUGGAAAGGAACGCUAUAACAAGGUGCUUGCCAGCUUGUACGUUGCCCGUGCUGACGCGAGCGCCAUCGUCCGCCAAGCCUCGCUUCACGUUUGGAAGAGCAUCGUGUCCAACACGCCCCGCACGCUCAAGGAGAUCCUGCCCAUCAUGAUGGAUAUCAUUGUGGCCAGUCUGGCCAGCGAGAACAGCGAUAAGCGCGGGUCGGCGGCAAGAUGUCUUGGCGACCUCGUGCGCAAGUUGGGCGAGUCGAUCUUGCAUGAAUUGCUCCCCAUCCUGGAACGUGGGCUUGACAGCGACCGGGCUGAGAUCCGACAGGGUGUGUGUGUUGCUCUGACGGAGAUCAUGGCGACGGCUAGUAAGACACAGGUGGAGGAGUUUGUGCAGGAUAGCGUCAAAUUGGUGCGCAAAGCUUUGGUCGAUGAGGACUCGGAUGUUAGGGAAGCGGCCGCGCAGACAUUUGACAUGUUGCAUCAACAUAUGGGUCGCCAUGCCAUCGACGAGGUCUUGCCAACUUUGCUCAACAUGCUCAAGGCUGGUGGCAAGCAAGCUAACCCCGCAAGCGCGUUCGCAUUGGAGGCGCUCAAGGAGAUCAUGGCUGUUCGCAGUAACGUGGUCUUCCCGGUGCUCAUCCCGACACUCAUUUCCCGCCCCAUCACGAGCUUCAACGCCCAGGCCUUGUCCAGUCUGAUUACGGUCGCCGGAUCCGCCCUCAACAAGCGGCUGGAAGCUAUCCUGUCUGCCCUGAUGGACGCGCUUGAGGACGGCGACGAUGCGGAAGCGGACAUCAAGGAGACGAUCAAGGUCCUUCUCGUAAACGUCGAAGAUGACGAUGGCGUUUACCAGGUCAUGUCGAUCCUUACUACUGCCGUGCGCAACGGGUCGGUCGAGCGCAAGAAGGUCGCAACACAUUGCUUGCAAGUCUUUUGCCAGGGCAACCAGGAGGCUCUUGAAGCCGACACGAUUGAAGACUGGCUUGAGCUCCUUAUUGCGAUGCUCAGAGGUGGCGAAGGGGAGAGUGAAGCCGUCUCCACCGCGUGGGGUGCGUUGGAUGCGCUCGUGAAGCGGAUCAAGAAGGAGGAGAUGGAGAAGUUUGUGCCCACGUUGAGACGCGCGUUGAGGGAUGCCGAGGAGGGCAUGGGUGAGAGCGAGGUUCUUGAGGGUCUUUCGAUACCCAAGGGCAUCUCCCCCAUCCUUCCCAUCUUCCUGCAAGGGCUCAUGUACGGCAGCGCCGAUUGCCGUGAACAGUCCGCCCUGGGGUUGGGCGACCUGGUACGCCGGACAUCACCCGAUGCCCUGAAGCCGUUCGUGACCCAAAUCACCGGUCCCCUCAUCCGUGUCAUCGGAGACCGAUUCCCAUCCAGCGUCAAAUCCGCGAUCCUCAUGUCUCUCAGCUUACUCUUGGACCGCGUCGCCCCAAUGCUCAAACCAUUCCUCCCGCAACUCCAGCGCACUUUCGUCAAAUGUCUCUCCGAAUCAAGCGGGAUGGUUCGCGACCGAGCGGCCCGGUGCCUGUCGUCGUUGAUCCCGCUCCAGACCAGGCUGGACCCGCUCGUCGUUGAACUGUCCCAGGGCUUGCGUGGUGCGGACGAUAUGGGUGUACGCGCAGCUGUUUGGGAAGCUUUGUAUGGCCUUGUUAAUGGAGUCGGUGGGCCUGGACGGGACUUGAACGAUACGAGCCGCAAGACGAUCCAGGCUCUCCUGACAGAGGGCAUUAGCUCGAGUGGUGAACAUGAUGAAGUGGCCAGAGUAGGCGCAGCGAAAGUGAUGGGCGCGUACGGCAAAUACGUAUCACCAGAAGAGUCCAAAGACUUGAUCAGCUCACAGAUACUAAGCGCCAACGGCCACGCUGACUGGUUCCGCGUUGAAGGAGCCCUCCGCGCUCUUCAUAAUGUCAUACUAUGUGCACCUCUGCUUCUGCAAGAAUUGGAUUUGGUGAAACAGGCUCAGGACUUGGUUGUGGCUUCCUUGCAUCAUAACAAGCCACAGGUGAUUGAAGAAGCGGUCACGGCUGCGAGCAGAAUACUUGGUGUUCCAGCAUACGCCGCGGACUCGCAAAUCCGAGAUCCACUGGUCGAUGCCUUGACUGAUGUUGUUCAAGCUGCUGGUUCAUCGACCGAGGCUCGACGCGAUGCCGUGGUUGCACUCAAGAAUCUGGCGAAAAGCUCGCGUGGGUCUGUCGCCACGAAACUCGCAACGGUCGUUCCAGCCCUUAUGCAAUGCGUCCGCGAUCGCAACGCUUCCCUAAAACAUGCAGCGGAACGCGCAUUGCUUCACGUCCUGGAUGUCGGCACCGGCUCGGACACCUUACAGAAGUACUUGGGGACAUUGGACGCCACUACCGCACGGCAAAUCGGUGAUUACGCUCGAAGGGUUUUGAGCAAGCUUGAUGCGUCGGGGAGUGAUGACGAAGCCGAGCAAAACGAUGUGAUUUAUUGAGAUGUGUCUCACCUAAUGAGCUUCAACAACCACACGUGUCAGACCACAUGGAUGGGUCAAUAUGAAUUUCCAAGCAUGUAGCAUUAUGGAUAGGACCUGCACGCCACAUAUAUAUAUAUACA